GAGGGAGAGGGAGGGGCGGAGGUGUGUAGGAGAGGGACGCCCGUGGACUUGUGGGCGGCAAGGAAAGACCCGUCGGCUCACCAUAUUAAAUGCUGGGCUAUGCAGCCAACCAAUCACUAUGAUGAUGAUGAUGGAGGAGAGCGGCGGUGGUACUUCACCCAUCCUAGCCAUACCCCUGUUUUGAAGAACACGUUGGUGGGAGGAAGGUCAAAUCCCGGCACAAAGAGAAAUUGUUAGCUUAUUUUAUCGUAUCUUUUCGAGAUGUUCUUUUAAGGCGGGAGUGUGAGAACGAGAGGGCGACGUAGAGACAAGGGAGUGCUGAUGGCGGAGGAAGGGAGCGGAGCAGACGCCGCCGCGCCGGAUCGCGAGGUCCUCCUCAUCUCUGCCGGCGCCAGCCACUCCGUUGCGCUGCUCUCUGGCAGUGAUAUCUGCUCCUGGGGAAGGGGUGAAGAUGGGCAGUUGGGCCAUGGAGAUGCUGAAGACAGACUUCUUCCGACGUUACUAAGUGCAUUGGACAGCCGAAGCAUUGUUUCUGUUACUUGUGGAGCUGACCAUACAACAGCUUAUUCUGAAUCAGACGAGCAAGUGUAUAGUUGGGGAUGGGGUGACUUUGGAAGGCUAGGCCAUGGAAACUCUAGUGAUGUGUUCACUCCGCAGCCAAUCAAGGCGCUGCAGCGCUUGAAGAUUAAACAAAUUGCUUGUGGGGAUAGCCAUUGCUUGGCUGUGACUAUGAAUGGGGAAGUGCAAAGUUGGGGACGUAAUCAAAAUGGACAACUAGGUCUUGGCACAACAGAUGACUCUCUUGUACCACAAAAGAUUCAAGCUUUUCAGGGAAUUUGUGUCAAAAUGAUUGCUGCGGGUGCUGAACAUACUGCAGCAGUUACAGAAGAUGGUGACCUCUAUGGAUGGGGCUGGGGUCGUUAUGGUAAUUUGGGCUUGGGUGACCGUAAUGAUCGCCUUACUCCAGAAAAGGUUACUUCCAUCAAGGGGGAAAACAUGGUUCUUGUUGCAUGUGGAUGGCGUCACACUAUCGCUGUCUCCUCCUCUGGGAAUCUGUACACCUACGGGUGGAGCAAAUAUGGUCAACUAGGACAUGGAGAUUUUGAGGAUCACCUCAGUCCACAUUUGUUGGAAGCACUUAAAGAUAGCUGUAUAUCUCAGAUUUCAGGUGGUUGGAGACAUACUAUGGCACUCACGUCUGAUGGAAGACUAUAUGGUUGGGGAUGGAAUAAGUUUGGACAACUUGGUGUUGGUGAUAAUGAUGAUCACUGCUCUCCUGUGCAAGUUAAACUUCCAGAGGAACAGAAAGUGAAGCAAAUCUCCUGUGGAUGGAGGCACACCCUUGCCCUUACAGAAAGAGGAAAUGUUUUCUCUUGGGGCAGAGGCACAAGUGGGCAGCUUGGCCACGGGGAUAUUCUUGACCGGAAUACUCCCAAGAUGAUGGAGGUAAUAAGCAAGGAUGGACUAGGUUGCAAGCAGAUAGAAUCCUCCAAAGUGGCACCUUCAUCAGGCAAAAUCUGGGUUUCACCAUCUGAAAGAUAUGCCAUUGUUCCUGAUGAGACUGCUGCAAAGCCUUCAACGAGGGGCAACGGGAACGACACGAGUGUACCCGAGACUGAUGUCAAGCGGAUGCGAGUCUAGCUAGCAUAGCUUUUCGGUCUGUGAAUUAUUAUUCCGAUACAUACCACCCUUCCUUUUUUUUUUCCUUGGGAUAUUAUUUGCAUGAAACUCUCAUUUCAGGAACAUGUAAAUCGUGUGCCCAUACAUACAUGAUUGCAUUAUUCGGUCUCUCUCUCA